UUCUCUCAUAGGGCCAGCUUGUUGCUGGGCAGAAUGGCUCUGGAUCAGGAUUGGUGAAUCGCUGUAGCGGCGGGAAGACAGAAGUCUAUUUAAACAACAGCUGGACUGACCCGGUGGUCAGUCUGAAGUAACACCUGUGGAAGAUUCAGCGUGUUAUUGUUCUUGAAUUUCAUCAAGAAGUGCAUUACUAUGUCCUGCCCUCAUACAAAUGAGCUGUAUCUUCGUUUAUUAGAGAAAGCCGCGGGCCCGGGCGGCGAAGCCUGGCUCAUGAGAUGCUUGCAGGAAUGCCCAUCUUCAGUAAAUCCAGUAGAGGAGGAGACUCGGACGCCACUGCCUGUUCCGGUUACGUUCCUUUUGCCUUCCGGAAGUUCCAACGCCACCGAGGACGCUAUGGAGUCACGGGAGGUGGUUGCGUCUGCGCCUAAUGUUCCGGACGUCAUCUUCGAUGGACCCGCACCGGAAGUCGUCAUCGGAGCUAGGCCGGAAGCCAGAGGAUCCCCGGAGCAGCUCAGAAGGUCCUUGAGGAGCUCCAGCCGGACGAAAAGGAAGAAUUAUUCACCGGAAAUCGCCGGCAGCAGCCGGGCAGCCAGCAAGAAGACCACCGUCCCACCCUCCCGCCCAGCCGGUUCCGGAUCACCGCCGAGGAGAGAAGACGCAGGCCCUUCAGCUGCGGUGAGGGCAUCGGGUGGUUUCAGCAAUUAUGCCCGGAGGCAGCCAAGGAAGGCAUACCGUGUCCACCCCAUUUAUGGGACCUCGUGUGGGACUGAUACAGGAAUACGCGAAGAAGUCCAUUGCUGA